CAGAAGAUCUGCCAUGUCACUCCACCAGCUCUCUUGCUCAGAAAAUGUUUUUUCUCACAAUUCUGCUGUUUUCCUACACUCAAAUGUCUCAGCAGAUACAGAAAACUACUGCAAAUGCCAAAGAGAUGCUGUCCAAUCCCAAGCUUGUACCAGUUCAGGGGACUUUGAACGUGGUGAUGAAGCAGAAUGUGACCCUCUCCUGCCUCUCUCAGGCUGGAUCUCCCCCUGUCAGAUACACACUGUUCAAGCACAACCAGCAGGUAUCUGCUGUGAACAGGUCAGACUCGACCCCUGCACUGUUCACGCUGACCAUCAGCUCUGCCAGCGAUGUGGGGGAAUACAAGUGCAAAGCUGAAUAUAACAGCUCCAGUGGUGGAAAAUACAGCAACAGCCUCACCUUCACCCUCAUAGAGCCAAUUUCCAAACCAGUGCUGAGCUCACCCACCUCUCAGGCAAAGAAAGGCCAGAACGUGACCCUGUCCUGCUUCUCAGAGAACGGAUCCCUUCCCAUCACAUAUCUUUUCUUCAAAGGAAAACAGAGCAUUCCUCCCCAAAAGACAAUGCAGAAGAGGGAAGCAGCUGUGAUUUUUCUAUUUCUCGAUUCCCUCAGUGACUUUGGAACCUAUAAAUGCAAAGCUAAUAACAGCUUUCCCAAUAACUCAAAAUACAGCAACAGUUUCAACUUUACACUAGCAGAAGAAAGAAGCCAUUCUCAACCCCUGAUAAUUUCUCUUGGGCUGAUCCUGCUACUACUCAUAAUAGGAUUUGCUCUGGCAAUUCCAUUUUUCAUAAUUCCUUUGUAUAAAGCAAAAAAAUUUAAGUCUACCAGGCCCUCAAUUGGCCUUAGUCCAGCAGUGAAUGCAGAGGAGCCUGAAAAUGAAGUCAUAUACUCAGAGAUUGAGCCUGUUAAACCAGAAGAAGAAUACAUCAACUUUUCUGUUAUUAGGAGAGAAGAGGAAAAAGCAGGGAAGAGGGCAUGUUCUACAGUCUAUUCAAAGGUCCUCAUCAGAGACUGAGUACCAGGUAUGACUUUUUUCUGAUUAACUUAAUCACAUACUUUUAAAGAAUUUUUCAGCCCUCAAAUGUGCUAAAUUCCAGCAAGCUGCAUACAAAGAAAUGAUGUUUAGAUACCAAUUUCCUGGCCUAAUCAGAUUGUAAACAGACAGUGUAGCUCACUUUCUAAGCAAAUCUCAGAGCCAUAAUAUCUAAGAACUUCAACUUUUGAGAUGAAGCAAACAGAUAAGACUUAGAAUUGUAUGUAAAACUUUCACCUAGAUCUAAGUUCCUGAACGUUUAAAAAUUCUGCUAAAGUAGAAACUGGAUUAUUUGCAGACAUAAGAUAAUCAAAAUCAGUGUAACAAAAAAAAGAGAAAACAUUCCUCCCAAUAUACCUUCAAGAAUAGCAAUUUCUCAGUUCAACAGUACUUCAGCUCUCAGGGUAGGGAUAGGUUGCUAAAAUUAAUUUUGGGACAGUUGACUUCAAAAUAAAUUCUGUAUCCUGCUACAGGCUGUUUCUAAGAUGGUGCUGGGUUGCUUUAAUACCAAUCCAUAGCCCCCUUAUUUAGAAUUCCAUGAGUUCAGAAAUCUCAUUAUGCUAACCUUGAUUAUAUCCAGCAUAAAUCCUCUUCACUGCAAUUAUUAUUGUUGCUACAAAUAAUUCAUUUAUAGCUAAGUGAGCACCAUGUUAGUAGAAGAUUUUAAGGCAAGUUCUUGUGUUUCAUGACACUGAUGCCUAUCAGAGGCAGGGGCCUUGCAGCACAAACCUUCAGCACUCUACACAGGGACUGAACAAGCUGUACAGGCACUGGAAAUCUAGACAAGAUCAGAAAUACGCAGCUUUGUAUCUCUGCAAACUCUUCUAUCUGAUUUUAACCACUGUGCUUAGCUACAGGAAAAAUAUCAUCACACAUUAGUCUUUUUCCACCAUUU